CCCCAUGCUGCUGCACGACAGAAAGGACCAAUGUCCUUUGGAUUUGGGUGCGCGGCUGGGAUGGGCAGGGCGGCAGGCGUUUCCUCCAGGUCUGAGCUGAUCUAGUAGUAGGAGCUGAUCCUAGAGCCCGCAUGUGGCUUGGGAAUGCGGCGUUUGCUCCUCUGCUCAUCCCUCUGGAAAAUUGCUUCUGCAAGUUUGCACACCUGGAUGCACUUUCUCACUUUCAGGCAAUCGUAUGUGCAGACAGUUGAACUGCAGAAGGAUUACAUCUGCUGUGGCUUGCCGAUUUCAGAUCCGUUGAAGAGACUCAAACGAAGAGGUUUAAGCUGGAAGCCCUAACAAUGGCGUUCCGGGGGGUGCCUCGGCCCCACCGCUAUAACGGGAAGCCGCCCCCCCGAAACGUUUGCUGCGGUUUGGGCUGCUUGUGUCGGGGCAAAGCGCUGUUUGUGUUCACCGGCAUCGCAAUUGCAGCUCUGCUUUACGUGUACCAACCAACAGGGCAGCAUUUUGGUUACUCUGAGCCGAGUCUGGCUAAUCCGAUAAAAGUCACUGUGAAGGGGGAUGCUUCCGGGGGGAUCGCGGAACCUCAGUUUGAAACCCAUGCAGAGGAGGUGGCCCAGUCUGAUGGGGGGGUGACGGAGUCAUGGCCUUCGGAACUGGAAGAAGUGGAGGGAUCAAAAGAGGGGCUCACAAAAGCCGAGGCUCUUGGGAAGGUCGAUAAGAAGAAGCCCAGCGAUGCCGCAAGUUCUGUUGAUAAGCAGCUCAACGACGCAGCGAAAGCAGUGCAAAAGAAGGACCGGAGCGAUGAGGUAGACCCCAUGGAUGUAGACGAGAUAGCGGAAGAGAAGUGGGCCACUCAGACCCGAUUGAGUGAGAGCAAAAGGGAGUCAGCUUUGGUCAAGGAGGCCGAACCAGACUUGGAUGAGACUGAAGACGAUGGCGCAGCUUCUCUGAGGAAAGAGGACGAGGUGGUCGAGAGACGGGUGGUGGAGGAGAAGGGACUCGAGUCUGCGGUUGUGAAGAGCAAACCGAUGCCGCUGCCGCGAUCCAGAAAGAGGAUCCUGGUGACUGGAGGAGCGGGCUUCGUUGGGAGCCAUCUGGUUGACAGGUUGCUGGAGCGCGGCGACUCGGUGGUCGUGGUCGACAGCUUCUUCACGGGCCGGCGCGAGAACGUCGCGCACCACUUCGGCGACCCCCGCUUUGAGCUCAUCCGCCACGACGUCGUCGAGCCCCUGAUGCUCGAAGUCGACCAGAUUUACCACCUGGCGUGUCCCGCCUCCCCCGUCUUCUACAAGUACAACCCGGUGAAAACGAUCAAGACGAGCGUGAUGGGGACGCUCAACAUGCUCGGGUUAGCGAAGCGGGUUAAGGCGCGGUUCCUGGUGACGAGCACGAGCGAGGUGUACGGGGAUCCGGAGCAGCAUCCGCAGACGGAGGAGUACUGGGGCCACGUUAACCCAAUUGGCGAGCGGAGCUGCUACGAUGAGGGCAAGCGGACCGCGGAGGCGCUCACAAUGGACUACCAUCGAGGGAGUGGGGUCGACGUGCGGAUUGCGCGUAUCUUCAACACGUACGGCCCGCGCAUGCUCAUCGACGACGGGCGUGUCGUCAGCAACUUUGUGGCCCAGGCCUUGCGAAAAGAGCCAAUGACGGUGUAUGGGGACGGGAAGCAGACGCGGAGCUUCCAGUACGUCUCCGACUUGGUGGCCGGCUUGAUGGCCCUGAUGGACGGCGAGCACAUCGGCCCCUUCAACCUGGGCAACCCCGGGGAGUUCACCAUGCUCGAGCUCGCCGAGGUCGUGCGGGAGGUUAUUGACCCCGCCGCUCAGAUUGCGUACCGUGAAAACACUGCUGAUGACCCACACCAGCGCAAGCCUGACAUCAGCAAGGCCAAGGCGCUACUCAAGUGGGAGCCAAAAGUGCCUUUACGUGAGGGCUUGCCGCUCAUGGUUGAGGAUUUCAAAGCACGGCUCAAGACCCCAAAACAGCUCGGUGCCAGCCAAUGACUGAGCGCUUUAAUCGUAGGGUAACGUCUAGGGACUUGUUCGGUAGAUUGGAUCAUUGAUCCUUGUGCAAAGGUGGGCUCUCACAGAGCUGUCUCGCCAGUCAGCAGGAUGUUGCUAUUUCUUUAACGUCUCACCUGAAUUGUCCUGCAUACCGUGACAGAAAUGGCUAGAUUGCACCCUUCAUACUUACCGGACAUGUCAAGCCGCAAGGAGAGGCCUGUAAAGCAAAAGCUGAUCAUCG